AUGCACCAAGACCCUCAAGUCCCCAUCGAGGAAUGUCUCUCCAUUGCCGCUGCCGUGUCUCGCGCUGCGCGCGCACGCCGGUUGUCCUUUCAUGCUUUCAGCUGCUCGUGUGAGUCGAGUCUGGACAAGAAGAGAGUAGCAGCGGAAGUGGUGCUGCCUUUGGCAUUAGCCUCCAAUGCGACCUUCUUGGCCCCCAUCCUCUCCUUCAACCGCCCAUCUCUUCAUUUUCGGUCUAGUGAGGCCAAGCUCUUGAAGAAUAUCACCUCGUUCAUCACAGUAUCCGUACCUAACCUGGAGGUUACCAUCGGAGCAAGCGCUGGGGCGACGAGGGAGACAGACGACUUCCUUUUGCGAAUUGUGGAUGAUGUCCCAUCUGCUGCCACUCUGAUUCUGCCCAUCAGACCCUUUUUUGACCCUUUUUCAUGCCCUCCCAUGAACUUCCUUGAACUUCCAUUCCUUUUGAUGAAUUCAGCUCCACCAUCCAUCCUCAGUAUCUCAUCCACUCUCGACUCCUCUUUACUCGGCGAUCUCCUCUUCAGCUCCAGUGCCAUCACGGAAUAUUCCAAGUACCUUGGCAGAUCGUUCUCAGCUCUGCCUCCUCUGCCGACCCUCAGCUCUGUGCAGCACACUGACUAUCCCUCCUGCAACUUUUUCUUCUCUCUCCCGGGGCUUCUGCCCACGACGCUUUCCAGGAUAAAGGUCCUGUUCAAUGCACCAAGCACCAAGCACCAAGCACCAAGCACCUGCAAAGCAACCUCGGGGGCUGCCCAACUAGAGAGCGCCCGGUCAACCCACCCCGGCCUGCGCCUUUCGCUGAAUGCGUCGACCACUGCCUACGUGCCUUGCGCCAUCAGCCAUGCGCCGGCAUUUUGGCAUGACAUUACUCCUCUUCUCGCAUUCUCUCGAGACACAGGACACAAUGCGAGUAUCCGUACACGCCGCAUCUACAGCACACAAUAUCGAAAAGAAGACGAAAUAGGUUUCAAGCCCGCAAAAUAUGCAAUCCCAAGCUGA